UUGGAGGAAUUUAAAAUGGCCAGCAGUUUUUCAAGAAUACUGUCCUCCAAACGAAACUUGGGGAUCCUGUCAGUAGUUGGGGGCUCCGUAACCGUUGGAUUUCUUCUCCACCGGGAACAUGUCAGCGCCGGAGUGCCUGUCCGUCGGACGUACCCCGCCAGUGCGGAGUACCCUGACCUGCGCAAACACAACAACUGCCUGGCCAGCAGCUUGACGCCUGCAAUCUACGCCAAACUGUCUGAUAAGGCCACUCCCAACGGAUACACGUUGGAUCAGGCCAUUCAGACUGGUGUGGACAACCCAGGCCACCCGUUCAUCAAGACUGUUGGCGUGGUGGCGGGAGACGAGGAGUCUUAUGAGGUAUUUGCAGACUUGUUAAACCCCAUCAUCAAGGAAAGGCAUAAUGGCUAUGACCCCUGCACCAUGAAGCAUCCAACAGACCUAGACUCCAGCAAGCUCCAAUCAGGUCAUUUAGAUGAACGCUACGUGCUGUCCUCCAGGGUGAGAACAGGCCGCAGUAUACGGGGUCUGAGCCUGCCCCCAGCCUGCACUCGAGCAGAGCGCAGAGAGGUGGAAAGGGUGGUGGUAGAUGCCCUCGCUGGUCUAAAGGGUGACCUAACUGGGAGAUACUAUAGUCUCACCCAAAUGACGGACGCUGAGCAGCAACAACUCAUUGAUGACCACUUCUUGUUUGACAAACCGGUGUCACCCCUCCUAACCUGUGCAGGCAUGGCUCGUGACUGGCCGGACGCCCGUGGUAUUUGGCACAACAACGAGAAAACAUUCCUGAUUUGGAUCAAUGAGGAAGAUCACACCAGGGUCAUCUCCAUGGAGAAGGGAGGAAACAUGAAGAGAGUCUUUGAGAGGUUCUGCAGGGGCCUCAAGGAGGUGGAGCAUCUGAUCCAGGACAAGGGCUGGGAGUUCAUGUGGAAUGAGAGGCUUGGAUAUGUCCUCACCUGCCCAUCCAAUCUGGGCACAGGGCUCCGGGCUGGUGUCCACGUCAAACUGCCACUACUGAGCAAGGAUCCCCGCUUCAGUAAGAUUCUGGAUAACCUGCGUCUUCAGAAGAGAGGGACGGGUGGAGUGGACACAGCAGCUGUGGGCGGCGUGUUCGACAUCUCUAACCUGGACCGCCUGGGACAUUCUGAGGUCCAGCUCGUGCAGACAGUGGUCGAUGGCAUCAACUACCUAAUUGAGUGUGAGAAGAGACUGGAAAAACGCCAGGACAUCAAGGUGCCCCCACCUAUUAAACAAUUUAAGUAG